AUGGACUUCGCACCCUACCAGUCGUCGCCGCCGGAGCAUGAGCGCAUCGCGUCGCCGGACUACAACGCCUCCCCCCGAGCCUCGCAAGAUAUCCGACGACCAUUCUCCACCGACGCGCGCAGCCCGCCCCCGCUGCAGCAUCCGCAGCCGCAGAGAGGAUGGUCUGGCUUUGAUGGUCAGACCAGCAACUGGGCGAGCGGCAACAAUAGCGGCGGCGGCGGCGGGAUGCCGGGCGCCUAUCCUCCGGCCGAGGUGAGCGAGUUUGACACGACUCUCGGACUGAGACUUGACUACGAGGCCUGUCUAGCAUACCUGGCAUUUCCGCCCCUGGGUCCUAUCGUGCUCCUGAUUCUUGAGCGCAAUAGCGACUACGUACGAGACGCUGUGUCGCUAGACAGGUUUGAACUUCCCUUCUUUGGAAGGUUAGCAGCCAAAUUUUUGGACGAUGAGUAG